AGCCGGGUGCACGGCUUCCCGAAACCCCCGGGCAGAGAUAAAGCUGUAUACAAUAGACAAUUAAGUGUAGAAAGACCUUUGGAGGAACAGAUUGCUGAAGCUGAGGCAGACAAGAAUAGGAAAAUAGCUCCCACAGAAAAUAAGCCAGAGUUCAGGAAUUAUUCCUUUGUUGAUGACCUGAACCUGCUAAAAUCAGUAGCAGAAAGAGAGCGUAAUGAAAGGGAGAGGGAGUCCAUUAGAAGCUCUUUGUAUGAACAGCAACUGGCCAUUGAUGAUGCAGACUCCACCAAGAACCGCAGGCUUGUGGAUGACUAUGACUCCACUAAAAGUGGACUGGAUUAUAAAUUCCAAGAUGAUCCAGAUGGCCUCCAUCAAUUAGAUGGCACUCCUUUGACUGCUGAAGACAUUGUUCAAAAAAUUGCUGCAAGAAUUUAUGAGGAAAAUGAUAGAGGAGUGUUUGACAAGAUUGUUUCAAAACUUCUAAAUCUGGGGCUAAUCACAGAGAGUCAGGCCUAUACCCUGGAAGAUGAAGUGGCAGAGGUUUUACAACAGCUAAUUGCAAAUGAAGCAAAGGAUCGUGAGAAGGAGUCUGAAGAUUUUGAUUACCCUCCAAGCAGAGCAGACAGUGAUACAAAAGAAAAGCAGCAGGAAAGAAUGACACCAAGCAAAGCUGAUCAGGAUAGUUUCAUUAAUGGAGAAAUUGAUGAUACACUGGAUAACACAUGGUCAUCAUCUAAUAUCUUGGAAAGAAGAAAUGAGCUGCCUUCCGAAGAUAAUUUUGAAGACCUCCAAUAUUUUCCAAACUUUUAUGCACUAUUAAAAAGUCUUAAUUCAGAGACGGAGGCAAAAGAGAAGGAGACCUUGAUAACUAUCAUGAAAACGCUGAUUGAUUUUGUGAAGAUGAUGGUUAAAUACGGAACCAUCACACCCGAAGAAGGAGUUUCCUAUCUGGAAAACUUAGAUACAAUGAUAGCUGAGCAGACAAAGAAGAAGCUUGAGAACCCUUCCACUAAAACCAGAACAAAGCUACCAGCAGACAAGAGUAGUGAAGAAGCAGACAGUACAAAGGAAGAAGCAGCUAAAAUGGAAAAGGAAUAUGAAAUCUCAAAGGAUUCUACAAAAAAUGAAGAACAAAAUGCAGCAGGGUACAGUGAAGAGCCCAGAGGGAAAGCUGAGGCAUAUUUGGAAGCAAUCAGGAAGAACAUAGAAUGGCUAAAAAAACACAAUAAACAAGACUAUGAUCUUUCAAAGCUGAGAGAUUUCAUUGAUCAGCAAGCUGAUGCUUAUGUGGACAAGGGCAUCCUGGACAAGGAAGAGGCUGAUGUAAUUAAACGCAUAUAUGGCAGCCUGUAAAAAGCUAGUGGCUGCGAAACAUGUAGAAAACUAGUAUAGCUUUCCCCACUCCUGGCUCAAUGACUUAUGAUUUGUUAUUUUGAAGAUAUCAUUAGAAAUGCUCUGUUUACAUUGUACUGACAACUUUCUAGACUGAAAUGAAGAGCUGUAGUGCUCCAUACACUGACUGCAUACUGUAUUUUCCUACUCACAAAUCGAUCCUAAACAUCAAAUUAUGACACUGAAUCUCUAUUUGACAGGGUAAUUAUUUAUGUAAUGUUAUCUUUGAUUUAUUAUUUGUAUUUGGUUUACUUUUGUAGUUAAACCAAUAAUUUCUGAUGGAAAGUUCUUUUAAUGCUACAUCUUUUCGCUCUCCACUAGCUUUCUAUAGAUGCAACUAUGUAAAGGGCAUUAUUAGAAAAUAGUUCAUAGUUCUCUAAAUAAAAUAUUUGAAAAUAA